AUGUCAGCGGCAAGGCUCGGCGAUUUCGCAGGACAAGGAACCGUCCAAGAGGAGCUGCUGUGGGCUGCUGCCGGCGGCAUCGUCUAUGGUGCAACCGCCACUCUGCUGGGACAGCCUCUGGACACCAUCAAAACGAAGAUGCAGACUGAUCCGCUCACCGGCAGAGCAUCCGGCCGUCCGGGCACACUGCAAGUUGCCCGCCAGAUCCUGCAGACUGCUCACGAAAGGACAGCUGGCGAGCUUACGCACUCCCGACCUGUUCGGAAAGUAGCUGGCUUCUACAGAGGUUCGUUGCCUGUCCUCUGUGGCUCCGUCAUCUUCAGAUCCGUGCCCUUUACCGUGUACUCGGGAGUUCACGCCUCCCUCGAGCCAGCCUUCUUCGGCACCUUGGAUCCCUUCCUGGGCGUCGAGGGGCGGAUCUGGCUCAGUGGCGCCGUAGCCGGAUUGGGCCGUGCCGUGGUGGAGAACCCCUUUGAGGUCUUGAAGACCCAGAAGCAGGUCAGGGGCCUGGACUACCAGCAAAUCUUGAAAACCCGGCGUCUUUGGCAAGGCCUCUCUGCGACGUGCAGCCGGAAUGUGGUCUUGGUCACGCUGUUCUUCGUCCUUUCUGACAGGUUGAACCGCUCCAGCGAGCUGGUAAACUUCCUAGACUUCCGGCAGCAUCCUUUCUUGCGAGGCUGCAUAGUAACAAGCUGCUGUUGGCUAGCCGCUUGGCCGCUGGAUGUGAUAAAAAGCCAGCUGCAGAGCGAGGUGCUGGGCUCCCGGGCGGAGGCGGAUGCAGGUGUGGGCAGACUCGGUGGACUGCUUGUGGGGGCAUGGCGGCAGAGACGAUUCUACCGCGGCCUCCCUGCCGGGCCCCUUCCCUCAGCCAAGAAGCAAGCAAGGGCAGGUCAUUGGCACGGGCUCGGCUUGUUCGUGCAUGCUUGGCCAACGGCGCUGCCAUGCGAACAAGUUCAAGCAGACACAUCGGGGACCGGAAUUGGCCGCUUGCGUGGCCUGUGCACUUCGGGCCAUGCUCCUGAAACCUUGUCACCUUACCGCGAGGCCCACCCUGCCGCGGAAAGAGGCGCCUCCCUCGGGCCAGGCAGGUGCGACGGCGACGACAGCGAGAGGGCCGAGGUUUCUGCUGGCCGAGGGCUCGGAGAUGGGUGCAAGGGAGCCUCUUCGACAGGAGUCACUGGUAAGUACAUGCGGGCUACAGCAUGGCAGGAUGCGAAGCUGUUGAGACCGCUCCCCGCGCGCUACACGCCUUUGCGUUGCUACGAGUGGCCACCGUCACAGGUGACAGCGUGGACGGCCAACUCUUUGGCCGAUGCAGCGGCGAAGAAGUGUGCGGCCUUUCGACCUUCGAAGUCUCCCGGCUACGCUGAGCACUUCAGUCUGAUGAACGAGUGCUUCGGCAACCGCGCCUUCAAAGUGCUCCCUCCCAGCUUCUCAGAUCCAGGCCGCCAGGAGCGGCCAUCGAGCAGGGCAUCAGCUCCCGCCAAGGUGACCACGACAGCCUCCGCCCCGCGGAGGCAGCCCGCCGAGGUGCCCGUUGCACGUGGACGCCCUCGCUCGAGGUAG